ACCGACAGCUACAAACAACAUAUUGUUUAUAAUUCUAGCAAAUUGCAUUUCAACAAUCCCCCAAGUUGAAUUUUAUCCAUUAAUUUUCUUUUCUUGAUUAACUAAAUCACUUUUCAUUGCUCAAAGAUAAAUUCCAUAAUAUAGGAUAAGGAUUCGAUUUGUGCACAUACUGAUCUUGUCAAAACUAUCCAAUGAUAUCGCUUCUAGUACAGAAAAAUCUUUUCUUUUUUUUUUUUUGCAUUGUGCGUAAAUGCCUAUAUAAGUUUUAUAAGAUAUCUCCGAGUGUUGGGGUCAUGGUUUAAUGUACUAUACAUUUAACACUAACAAUGGGAUUGAACGUAGUCCUUACAAACUUGAAACGUCUUCUACAUAAAAUGUAAAACACGAAGACAUAAUACUACUUCGUAUAAAUAAAGAUCAUCAAAAAUGUUUCAGCCUAUAUCCCCACCGUGUGACGUCAUUGAAAAGGAUCAACUUUUCAUUUAGAAUGGCUGUAGUGAUAGCGUACGGAUUCACUACCUAGUCAGGGGUAACCAUGAUAUAAGUUUGACCUCCCAAGACACUGAGCAGACAUUUCCAUAUAACCAGUCAUUUGAGUCAUGAUCUUUGUCCUUGUGACUUGAAAACCAAUGGGGGGGUCAUCUACUUUUUAGAGGGUACCAGUAUACCAAGUUUGAUGUCUGUCAAACAAAUGGUUUUUAAGAUACUGAACGGACAACAUCUUAUGUCCAGAGUAGCUUGGCCUUGUGACUUCAAAAUCAAUAGGGGUUAUCUACUUCUUAGGAUUAUCAAUGUACCAAUGUUUGUUAAGCAAAGGGUUUUCAAGAUUAAGUUAUGUCCAACGUAGUUUGACUGUGUAAAUCUAUACUUAGGUUGUAGUUGGUUGGUUGGACUGUGUAAAUCUAUACUUAGGUUGUAGUUGGUUGGUUGGACUGUGUAAAUCUAUACUUAGGUUGUAGUUGGUUGGUUGGUUGGACUGUGUAAAUCUAUACUUAGGUUGUAGUUGGUUGGCUGGACUGUGUAAAUCUAUACUAGGUUGUAGUUGGUUGGUUGGACUGUGUAAAUCAAUACUUAGGUUGUAGUUGGUUGGUUGGACUGUGUAAAUCUAUACUUAGGUUGUAGUUGGUUGGCUGGACUGUGUAAAUCUAUACUAGGUUGUAGUUGGUUGGUUGGACUGUGUAAAUCAAUACUUAGGUUGUAGUUGGUUGGUUGGACUGUGUAAAUCUAUACUUAGGUUGUGGUUGGUUGGUUGGACUGUGUAAGUCAAUACUUAGGUUGUAGUUGGUUGGUUGGACUGUGUAAAUCAAUACUUAGGUUGUAGUUGGUUGGUUGGACUGUGUAAAUCAAUACUUAGGUUGUGGUUGGUUGGUUGGACUGUGUAAAUCAAUACUUAGGUUGUAGUUGGUUGGUUGGGCUGUGUAAAUCUAUACUUAGGUUGUAGUUGGUUGGUUGGACUGUGUAAAUCUAUACUUAGUUUGUAGUUGGUUGGUUGGACUGUGUAAAUCAAUACUUAGGUUGUGGUUGGUUGGUUGGACUGUGUAAAUCUAUACUUAGUUUGUAGUUGGUUGGUUGGACUGUGUAAAUCUAUACUUAGGUUGUAGUUGGUUGGUUGUAUAUUGCUUAACGUCCCGCUCGAGAAUUGUUCACUCAUAUGGAGGCGUCACCAUUGCCGGUGAAGAGCUGCAAAAUGUAUACCCACACCUGCUGGGACACGGAGUCUCGGUUUUUGUGGUCUCAUCCAAAAGAAUGCCUCAUUUAGUCGCCUCUUACGACAAGCAAGGGGUACUGAGGACCUAUUAUAUUUUAACCCGGAUUCCCACUGGCCUAUACUCGUGGGUAGAACCAGUUUACCAGGUUUGAUGUCUGUCAAGCAAAGCGUUUUCAAUAUAUUGUGCAGACAAUGCCCUGUUUGACCCUUGUCCUUGUGACCUGACAAUCAAUAGAGGUCAUCUGCUCUCUUGGGACAAUCACUACAGUUAGUUUAGUAACUGUCAAGCAAAGUUUUCUUUAGAUAUUUGGUCCACAGACCGACAGAUUGACCCUUGACCUUAUGACCUGACAAUCAAUAGGGGCAUCUACUCUCUAGGGGCAACCACUAUAUCAAGUUUGGUAACUGCCAAGCAAAGCAAUAUUUAGAUAUUGAGCGAACAAGACUUAGUCUACAGACCGACCGCCAGGUGCAAAACAAUAUGCCUCCUCUUUUUUUUUUUUUUUAAAAAGAGAAGGGGGGUGCAUAAAAAUAGACUAAUAUGAUUAUCAGAGGACAUCGCAAUAUUGUAGAUAUGUUUAUAUCUAUACGGUGUAUAAAAUCUUUGAUAUACGUACAUUUCACAGAUUAUCACGGAAGGGCAACAAGUAUGCAUAUUUGAGAGACUAUCACAGAAGCAACAAGUAGAGCUCCUAUUACCCACUCGCAUAAUGCGGUUCAGACAUUCCCAGUUCAUGUUAAUAACAGGAAACACCGCAAAAAUCAACUCGGAAGAUAAUUAACAAACCUUCCUAUAUUCUACGCUAAUUUGGAGUUUUUCUCACCCACCAAGAAAAUGGAAUACGUUAACUUUACAUCAUAGUUCUUUUUUUUUUUCUUCUUUUUUUUUUUUCUUUUUUUUACCAAAAACAGUAAUAAUUAAUUUCUGUGGUUCUCUCCUCACUUUCCCAUCUUAAUGCCAUUUAUUAAUUUUUACUAGAUGUCAACAAGUUCGUUUUAAACGGCUGUGUAUAUACAAAAUUCUUGUUUAUGUUGAGCGGUCUUGGUCUCUGUUCUUGAUAUGAUAGGUCACAAACUUUCCUUAUUUGACAAACUUUAAAUAGCGCCGAGUGUUAAAUAUAACAGUAUAGCUUCUAAAAUAGAGAGAUCUGAAUUGAUUUUUGCAGAUUUUUGUCCAAGCCACUGUAGAUAUUUAAAAACCAAUCUAGAGUUCUAUCUAACAGUAUGCAGAGAUUAGAUCUUUAUCUGAAGUGACGGGUAUAUCUAGGUACGGUAUGUGUAGAUUUCAAAUAUUAACCAUCGUAUGAUAUUUGAUUUAAAUUUAUGUCUUAUAAAAUAGAUAAAUGGUUGAAAAUUAAGCUGCGCGCCACGCCAAAGUAGGCUGAAGAAGACCCAUCUCUUGUGUUUUGUACGAUGUAAUCCUCUAGUAAACAGCUCGGUAGGAUGAAAUGAAUGUGCAAUUUGACUGUCGGUGUGUCGGAUAAUAUAUGUCGUCAUAAAUCGCCAUUAUGUCAAUUAACUAGCAGAAAACGGGGCGUGACCGUGCUUACCAGUGAUCGAAAAUGCGGAACUGGGAAAUCGUUCCUGUCGUUAAAACAGUUUUAAAAUUCUUAAGUAAGUUACUAAUCCAAAGAUUUAAUAAGUGCAUUAUCCACUACAAUGUACAAGUCUCGCUAUUAAUAACUUCUUUUCCAUAAAUCAUAUUAUGCAUGUAAUAAAAAGUAUGUAGGAAAAUAUGAAUAAUGAAGUGUUAACCUUGAAUUUUUAAAGUACAUGAAAAUGCUCAUGCCUCACGAUUUUAUUAUCACUAAUUACAUUUUUUCUCUAGAGCAAUGCAGAGUGGAAUCUGUUACUCGAGUCCAUAAUCUGACCCAUAUUUCAUCGACAUUUUUUAAAUAUUGGGAAAACGAUAUAUCCCUUCAGUCUCAAUCAGCGGUUUAAGAGUGUAAAUGAAUGAAGUGACGUCAAUUUCUGCAUCGACCAAUGAUUAUUCAUUUCAGGUAUAAAGUUACAAUCAUAUCAGAAUAUUUAUUGGGCAACAAGUAUAAACAUUUCCACGUGGUAGGAGGCGGGGCCAAACCAACCUACAAAAUAAUAUUCAAUGAACAGAGCAACUCAGAGUUAAAAAUCAGGCUAUGUGUGUAUAUAUAUAUCGUUUCAAACAAACUAUUGUUAAAAUACCUAUCUGCAAUUAUAACAUUUUAUUAUGACAAACUGUCUGUUAUUUGCGGAGAAACUUCACAACUGUUCUGGAAACAGACAAGGCCCUCUCGGAUUGCUUUGCUCCACGCUAUGAAAUUAUACUAUGAAUGUACUUUUCAUACCGUGUUGAUAACGGUCGUGCAGUUGACCAUUCUGGUUGUUGCCAAGCCUGCCACUGUGUCCGUCCACACUGAACGGCAAAAGCAUUUGCAGCGAAUUGAAGGUUUUAAACAAAAAAUUCUCGAUGGUUUGCGGUAUGAAAAUGUACCCAGAGUGACUGCAUUUAAUGAAACUAUUGCAGAGAAAAGGACUUUGAUACAAAUGUACAGGAAUUACAUGCGAAAAAAGGACGGGAAUUAUCAUCAAGAUUCUGAACCGAUUCCAGGCACCACAGCAAUGUAUAGUUACAGUCUCACGACAGAUAACAAAAAGGCAUCUCAAGAUGGGAGAGUAAGAUUUUUCGUCCAACCGGAAGUCAAGCACCCAGAAGACCACACGAGAGAAACAGCCAUAUCAAAUGCAAAAUUAAAACUGUUCAAACACACUUCGUUAAAUACAGCUCCUACAAAUGAAGUUGAAAUAAAAAUUUUCAGCUGUAACCAAGUGGUAGAAACAUUAAUUGAAUCCAGAACCGUAGAUGUGAGUAGGGAUGGCUGGGAAAUAUUCGACAUUACCCAAGUCGUUAAAGACUGGAUCGAUGACCCAGAAUUAAAUAAUGGAGUAGAAAUUUAUGCAGACGGUCUCAAUGCCGGUCAAUUACUUUUCCCUUCCUUGGAUGUCGCAGAAAAAAAGAGCUCAAAAUCUAAUCGAACAGCAACCAGAUACAAUGUUGUGGUACCAAUUCUGGAAAUGAAGACUCACGAACGUUCAAUAUUAAAACGUGUCAAACGACAAAAUAAUAUUGAGAGGAGAGAUUGUGUCAAAGGGGACGGGGAAAGUAGAUGCUGCCGUUUCACAACGACAAUAGCAUUCAGUGAUUUGGGCUGGGACGAUUGGAUAAUCGCACCACCCGAAUAUGAAGCUCAUUAUUGCGAUGGAAGUUGUCCCGAUCGCUUUAAAAUGGCCAACACGUUCGCGGGAAUACAAGCCCGACUUCACGCUUUAUAUCCUAGCAAAUUUCCGAAACCGUGUUGCGUUCCAUCAAAACUGAGUCCACUUACCAUUCUUCAUAAAGACAGCGAUGGAAAAUAUCAGUUCACGGACUAUCCUGACAUGAUCGUAGAGGACUGCAAGUGCGCAUGACAGGAACAUAACGCUUAUUUGUGAAUUAUCCUUUUGUGUUCAAUAAUUAAAGCCAAAAACGUUCCCGAUUUCGUGUGUCAACUUUGCUUUGACUCAUAUUCAUGCUCGCACAAAGGGUAAUGAAUGUAACAAUUUCCAAAAUACUACUGGUUAGAAUCGCGCAAGUUAACAAUCUACUCAAUGCCUUUUUUACUUUGUUAUUUGUAUACUCAGCUGUUGAGUUCCAAGGGUGGCUGUGUAAUUUUGUAAGAGGGACAAUGCAAGCCCAGUAAAAAGCAACGAUCCUUUUCUCGUAGGUGAUAUUUUACACAAGUCAAUCACUAUGUGGUUUUCGCAUAUUUUUCGCAAACGUAAUUUUUUUUUCAUGUGUUCAAACGUACAAGUCUAUAUCUUUACUCGUAAAGAGCAAUGAGAGUGCAUAAGGACCAAUUUUCGGAGACUGAAGAGAAUCUCAUGUUUGUGCACGUUUAUCUGUGAUUUUGAUAUGCGUGUAUUUAUAUGUGUGAAUGUUAUAUGAAUGCUAUAUGUAUGUUCAGUUGUUAACUUAUUAAAUUCGUUAUUGUUACAGAAA